GGACGUAGGGGCCGUUGGCGUGUGCUUGUUUCUCCAUCUUUUUGUGUUUCCUGCUCCGGCAGGGCGGAAAUGGUGGCGUAGGCUUGUUGUUUUUUUCCCUCCUCCCGCCUACAGCGUUUAAGUUUCUGGCUGCGGUCCAAAUGCCUCCUGGGCGCGGUCCCAGGGCCAGGGAGACCCAGGCUUUCCCUUAAAUCUCUUCACUGACCUGCCUGGAUUCACUCGGCGUCUGCGCUUCAAUCGUGAGGCGGCUAGGGAUGUCACACGGAAAGCAGAGAAGGCACAUGGGCUUCAUGAUUCCUGUGGAACUGCAACAUUUUACAAAAAUUAUUAAAACGGCUCUUUCCAGUCUGGCCUACAAAACAGCUGAGUACUUAGAGACUUUUAAGCAAAUAUACUGAGAAACAGCGGUGCACUAGGGAAAGUCAUGAUAAGAGUAUCCUACAAACCUAAAGAGAAAUCUUAAAAAAAAAAAAAAGUUAUUAGAAGAAAGGAAUCUGUGGAAACAAACCUGGAAACAACCAGAAUCUUAAUGGUGUGCCAAACCAAAUGUCAGCUGGAGCACAACCAAAAACUAAAGGCUGUUGCUGCACAGUUCUCCAUGACCUCAGUUCCUGUCACACCUUCCUAUUCCAGCACCCAUGCUGUCCUCAGGUACUCCCUCAGGAAGGAAGCAAAGACAGAACUGAGAUUGAGGCAAAGGAAGCAUGUGACUGGCUCCGCGCUGCUGGGUUCCCGCAAUACGCUCAGUUAUAUGAGGAUUCACAAUUUCCUAUCAACAUUGUGGCUGUCAAAAACGAUCAUGAUUUUCUUGAAAAGGACCUUGUAGAACCUCUUUGCAGACGACUAAAUACAUUGAACAAGUGUGCCUCAAUGAAACUUGAUGUGAACUUCCAAAGGAAAAAGGGUGACGACUCCGAUGAGGAAGAUCUCUGUAUCAGUAACAAAUGGACUUUCCAAAGAACCAGUCGCCGGUGGUCUCGCGUGGACGACCUCCACACACUGCUUCCUGGAGGAGACAGAAAUGGGUCAUCGGGAGACAUUAGGAUGAGAAAUACGACCAGCAGUGAAAGUGUCCUCACAGAUAUCAGUGAGCCAGAAGUCUGCUCCAUUCACAGCGAAAGCAGCGGAGGCAGUGACAGCCGCAGCCAGCCAGGCAGCCACAACACUGUCCGGGAAGCCUUCAGCGGCUCUGGGCAGCAUUGUGUGGACUGUCCGGUCAUGCUGGAUGCCACGCUAGCCAGCAACAACCUCCCACAGUCCCCCAAAGAAGUUCUCCACUACUCCUUCCACCCAAAGCAUGAGAAACCCACCAGGGCCAGAGCCAAAUCAUUUUUGAAACGCAUGGAAACACUCCGAGCAAAAGGAGCACACGGGAGGCACAAGGGGCUGGGGCGGACAGGUGGCUUGGUGAUCAGCGGGCCAGUCCUGCAGCAGGAGCCAGAAUCCUUUAAGGCCAUGCAGUGCAUCCAGCUUCCAAAUGGAGAUCUCCAGAACUCUCCCCCUGCUGCCUGCAGAAAAGGGCUUCCGUGUUCCAGCAAAUGGGGCAGUGAAAGUAGCCAAUCAGAAAAUGGCAGUAGUGGGUUGAGCACACCUGGCUUGAAGGAACGAAAAUGCCAGGAGGCCAACAAGCGCGGGGGCAUGUACUUAGAAGACUUGGAUGUGCUGGCCGCGACAGCACUGAGGGAUGCAGGUGACCAAAUCCACACACACGAGUUUCAUUCCCAAGAGAACUUGGUAGUGCAUAUUCCUAAGGAUCACAAACCAGGAACAUUUCCCAAGGCGCUCUCUAUUGAAAGCCUCUCGCCAACCGACAAUAGCAAUGGAGUUAACUGGAGGACCGGUAGCAUGUCCCUGGGCAGAGAGCAGGGCCCUGGUGCCACGGAGCCCAAGCUCAUGGCAUCCUGCCACAGAGCCAGUCGAGUCAGUAUCUAUGACAACGUCCCUGGCUCCCACUUGUACGCCAGCACAGGGGAUCUUUUGGACUUGGAAAAGGAUCUCUUCCCACAAUUAGAAGACAUCGUACACCAUGUGAACGGGCUCCAAGAGGUAGUAGAUGACUGGUCAAAAAACGUCUUGCCUGAACUGCAAACACAUGAUACGUUGGCUGUAGAAUCUGGCUUAUGCCCCUUUCCAUCUCCUAAUCAGGUCACCUUAGAUUUUGAAGGCAACUCUGUCUCUGAAGGUCGGACCACACCCAGUGACGUGGAAAGAGAUGGCACAUCUCUUAAUGAAUCAGAGGCCACUGGGGUCAGAGAAAGGAGAGAUUCUGGUGUGGGGGCCUCUCUGACCAGGCCCAACAGGCGACUCCGAUGGAACAGUUUCCAGCUCUCACACCAGCCCCAGCCAUCUACAGCAUCGCCCCACAUCAGCAACCAGACCGCUGGCCAGUUGAACCUGCUGCAGCGCUUCUCGCUGCUCCGCCUCACUGCCAUCAUGGAGAAGUACUCCAUGUCCAAUAAACAUGGCUGGACAUGGUCAGUUCCAAAGUUCAUGAAGAGGAUGAAAGUUCCUGAUUACAAAGACAAGACUGUCUUUGGCGUUCCUCUCAUAGUUCAUGUCCAGAGAACCGGACAGCCGCUGCCGCAGAGCAUUCAGCAGGCCCUGAGAUAUCUACGCAGCAACUGCCUGGAUCAGGUGGGUCUUUUUCGCAAAUCGGGUGUGAAAUCUCGCAUCCAUGCCUUACGUCAAAUGAACGAGAACUUCCCUGAGAACGUCAACUAUGAAGACCAAUCUGCUUAUGACGUAGCAGAUAUGGUGAAACAGUUCUUCCGGGACCUCCCUGAGCCUCUUUUCACCAACAAACUUAGUGAGACCUUCCUCCACAUCUAUCAGUAUGUCCCCAAAGAGCAGCGGCUGCAGGCCGUGCAGGCCGCCAUCCUGCUGCUAGCUGAUGAAAGCAGGGAAGUUCUGCAGACACUGCUAUGCUUCCUCCACGACGUGGUCAACUUGGUAGAGGAGAAUCAGAUGACACCCAUGAACCUGGCUGUAUGUCUGGCCCCCUCCCUCUUUCAUCUUAAUUUAUUGAAGAAAGAAAGCUCCCCCAGAGUCAUACAGAAGAAAUAUGCCACAGGGAAGCCAGAUCAAAAGGACCUCAAUGAGAAUCUGGCUGCUGCUCAGGGGCUGGCCCACAUGAUCAUAGAAUGCGACAGACUUUUUGAGGUCCCACUGGAGAUGGUAGCCCAGUCUCACAGCUCUUAUUUGGAGGCUGAGGUCCACACUCCCACUCUGGAUGAGCUGGGGACCCAGAUGGAGGAGAGCGGGGCGACUUUCCACACUUACCUGGAACAGCUCGUCCAGGGCCUCCAGAAGGAAGCCAAGGAGAAGUUCAAAGGAUGGGUCACGUGUUCCAGCACAGACAAUACAGACCUUGCUUUCAAAAAGGUGGGAGACAGAAAUCCACUGAAGCUGUGGAAGGCUUCUGUGGAAGUAGAAGCGCCCCCCUCGGUGGUUUUGAAUCGUGUGCUGAGAGAGCGCCACCUCUGGGAUGAGGAUUUUGUGCAGUGGAAGCUUGUGGAAUCUCUGGACAAGCAAACAGAGAUCUAUCAGUAUGUGCUGAACAGCAUGGCCCCCCAUCCUUCCAGAGACUUCGUGGUUCUCAGGACCUGGAAAACUGAUUUGCCCAAAGGAAUGUGCAUGCUCGUGUCCCUGUCUGUGGAGCAUGAGGAAGCCCAGCUCAUGGGAGGUGUGCGAGCUGCAGUGCUGGAUUCUCAGUACUUAAUAGAACCAUGUGGUUCCGGCAAGUCAAGACUGACCCACAUCUGCAGGAUAGACCUGAAAGGUCACUCCCCAGAAUGGUACAACAGAGGCUUUGGACAUCUGUGUGCAGCGGAAGUUGCCAGGAUUAGAAACUCUUUUCAGCCCCUCAUUGCAGAGGGUCCAGAAACUAAAAUCUGAGUUUUCCCCAGUGUGACAUCAAACUCAGGGAAGAGGAAGUGAAAGCAAGCACUUAUGCGAGAGAUUCUGCUCAUGAGAAAACAAGACAGAGAGAGAGAAAGAGAGAGAGAGAGAGACCGACCUGACAUGGUUAAUGCUUAAAAGUGGAAACACUGCAAAGUCCGAAUGUUGCUGAUGCAAGAAUUUCUGAGAACUUUCCUAGCCUUCCUGGAGAUGGCUGCAUCCCUACUAAUAUAAUAUUUUUAAAAAUCAGAACAUUUAUCUAUAUUACUUAAAAUUAAAUGGAUUAUUCCUUGUUCAUUGCCUAAUUUGCUAUUUAAAGCCUUCUAAGAAGCGCAUUCUUAACUGUAAAUAAAUGUAUAUAUAGCAAAUGUACAUAUGUGUGUAUAUCUCUAUGUUUAUAUCUUUACUGUAUAUAUGUAAAAUACCGAUAUUAUAUAUAACUGAAUAUUUUGAAAAAGAAUGCUUCUGACUCAGUGAGUCCCUUCCUCACAUGGUUCUCACCAAGUUGCUCUAGACCCUGUCGCCCCACUGUCCUGUUAGUUGAGCAGGAUCUGCUGCUAACACCAAGAUAUAAAACCGCAUCAUCUGUCAGUCCAUCACGAUGUCUAACCAAAGAUUAGCUAACCAAAGGAAAACAAAAGUGUGCUAACUGUUGACACUUUAUUUGUGCUAUUCAAAAACUGAGAGUGAAUAAAGAGAAUUAAAGGACGCUUACUCCUCCUUAAAGCAAAGUAGUAGGUAAGGAGCCUUUGCCAAUUUUAAAGCAUGAUUACAGGUUGCCACCGGCCUGCCCAGUUGCUGUUUCAGUGAAAUCUCAGACACCCAUGGACCACUGGAGUCAGCAAGCAGGUCCCUUCGAUCCCUGCUGGUUACAGAUGAAUAUAAUAGCCUUUGCAUAUCCAUAGCCAAAGGGAGCCUCCAUGUUUUAGCAAGUUUUCAUAGAUACAUUUCAUAAUGUUAAGUGUCAUUCUUUUUGAUCAAUGGCCUAUUUGGUCACAGUUAAUUGGCAUUUUCUUAGCAAUGUAUUGCACGGGAGUUUAACUCUGGACACCAGACAAAGGGGAGAUGAUGGUCAUUCAAGAGUUUUGAACCAUGAUAGCUUCAGGGAAUUCUUAUUUCGCUAUGUAUGAUCUUCUUAAGAUAAAGUUCUUUGAAGUUUUGUCAUCUGAAACACAGGGUUUUAAGCUAACAUAAGACCAAAGCUAUGUUUUUCAAUUAGCUUUAGAAAAUAUAAAGUUUUGUUAAUUCCAUGUAUUUUCACUAGCCAGACUACCUAUGCAUUUGACCCAACCUUAUUUAUUAUUGUAUAGAUUAAGCAAAUUGACUCUCCUUAACUAAUUGCUAAUGGUCUUGCGUGUGUUUUUUUUUAAUUGUAAUUCAACAACUUAGAAGAAAAAAUAACUUAUUGUGGUUGGUUUCAGGGAGAGAGAUUUUCUUUGGUAAUCCAGGAAAGAUGGUUAUAUAUUAGCAACUGGUCUUAGAGGAAAAAAGAAAAACUUAAAUGAGUGUUUUCCUUUUUGUGUAUUGUAUGCAUUUAUGUAAUAUUUUCUUUUAUCAGCAAUGUGCAAUUCUUUUCUUGGGAGGAAUAAAAAUGCUGUAUGUGAGUUUGGUAUGGUGCAAAAAGAAAAUCAUACUGUUUGAAUUAUGACCUAGGAAUUUUUUAUUUCCCUGCCUACCUAAGAAGGUGGAGGCAAACCCAUAAUUCUCCAUUUAGGAAAUGCUCUGUGAGCAAAAUAAAUUCCCUCUUGCCAUUUAUCUUAAAUUUAAUCCUAUAUGCAAGGUUACUCUCAUAUACAUAGACAAGAUCUUUAGUGAAGUGUAAUCUAGCUUAACACUGGUCCUGCUGCAGAGAUGGGACCCUAUGUAUUUGGGAAUGUGAUCGGCACCUAAGAAUGGGUGGUAUCAUAUCACCUAGAUAGGCUUCUCCAACUUCAGCGUGCGCACGAAUCACCUAGAGUUACCGUGCAAAUGCACACUGACUCAGGCAGUCUGAGUUGAGCCUGUGAGCCUGCAUUUCUAAUAGGCCUCAGAGACGUCCAGGGUGCUGGCCAAAAACCACGCUCAGAAGCAAGGACCUAGAGGACACUUGGAAUAAAAAGAAAUACAGUUGUAUUUCUGACUCCCCUUCUCUUCAAAUUACUAGACUUUUUUAUUUUUAUGCACAUGCUAAUCACAUCACUGCUGCAUAACAACACGAUGCAACUAAAAGCAAAAGGAAAAAGAUGCAUCAAGCUUGUUUGUUAAAUACCACAGUAUUUUAUUCAUUGUUAUCUUGCCAAUGGAAAUAAAAUAUGAUAUUGCAUUUAAAUAUUGUAUUUGUACCUCAUGUGUAUU